AUGAACUGCAGCCUGCCAAACAAAGUGCUGCUCAGCUAUGCGAUGGCUAGACAGCAGGACAGGUUGUGCCUUCAGCCUCUUUGGGACUUUGUCAUGGACAAGGAGCAACUGAUCAAGUCACCUUUUUUCCCAGUGCUGUUUUCUUUUACAGCAUAUAUGGCUUUCUGUCUUCCAUAUAUUGCACUGGAUUUUUUAAGCACUAGACUACCAAACCUGAGAAAAUACAAAAUCCAGCCGCAAAACUAUCCAACUCUUGGAAUGAUGGUGCCUUGCUUUGUUCAAAGUGCAUAUCACCACGUUGUUUUGAUCUUUCCGGUGACAUUUCUCCACUGGUACUGCAGACCAUUGAACCUACCAGUGAUAGCUCCAGAGCUGCCUGAGGUCCUGCUAGAAGUAGGAGCUUGCCUGCUUCUCUUUGAUUUUGAGUACUUCCUGUGGCAUUUGCUUCAUCACAAGGUGCCUUGGCUCUACAAGACCUUCCACAAAGUGCAUCACAAGCAUGUGUCAACGUUUGCUCUUACUACACAGUAUUCCAGUGUGUGGGAAUUGCUCUCACUGGGAUUUUUUGCUGCUAUCAACCCAGUGUUCCUCAGGUGCCAUCCUUUGACGGAGAUUAUUUUCUUCCUUGUAAAUAUUUGGUUGUCAGUGGAGGACCAUUCAGGAUAUGACCUUCCGUGGUCAACUCACCGACUUGUGCCUUUUGGUUUAUAUGGGGGAGCACCACAUCAUGAUCUCCAUCACCUGAAAUUCAAAUCAAACUAUGCUCCUUACUUCACCCAUUGGGACAAACUCUUUGGGACCUUCACAGAAUCACAUUCUAAUUGA